AAACCCCACACAGUGAAGAAAAAAAAAACAUAAAACGAACGCAUUCGCUGCUGUAAUUCGUAUCGGUCGCUUGUAGUGAAAAAUAUCGAAAAGUAGUGAAAUUUCGCGUUCGGGUGUUCGCAAAAGAUGAUAAAUUUGCUGCCGAAGGUUUUGGUGACGAUUCUUUCGAACCGCUAGAGCUGUCCGCCCGGAAACUAUGUCCGAUUUCAAUCCGAGGUCAAACAGUGUCCAAACCGAUUCCGGUCCAUAUGUGAAAGUGUGUGAAGCUCCUUCAAAGCGAAAAGCAAUCUCCCCCUGCUGCUGGCUUGUAAGGUUUGCGUUUCGUGAAUGGCUAACAGUAAUGUGAUAGACAGUGAGACGAUAACAAGCAGGCCUAGUCGCUGGCUAACUAAAGUCCUUUAACAACUACUAAACUAAUCUCGGAGGAGGUCGCCUUCCGCGCAUCGGAGCUGUGCGUGACAAACUACGGGACAAACGUGUGCGAGAAGAUGAAAUCGCCUCACGAUUGGUUCAACGAGAUCAAGCAAACCGAAAAAGAACCGAUUCGAUUGUCAGACAUUGACAAUCUGCUCGAGGAUAGCAUAUUCAACUCAUCCAAUGGAGCCAAACUUGCAGAGUAUCUCAAGAAGAAGCGGGGAGGUGCAGGCCGUGUUCGGUUGCACAACAUUUUCGAACAAGUGGCAGCCAAUAUGCCGAAACCCACCUUCAACUUUGACAUGGACUCAUCCGAACCGAAUCCGCUGCCGGAAUCGCCUCAAGUAGCUGAUCAACCAGCCUCAUCGCAAGCGGAUCCGAUUGCGACUACUAGUGCAGCACCGGUGCAAAAUGGAAACGUUCCGGUCGAAGUAAUGGCUUCAGCUCCUAACACUGAACCUCCCGCGGUAGUCAACGUUGUUAAUUUGAGAGCGGCAUCACCAAUACCCUUUGGCAAAUCUCCUAGUGCUAAGGCAGACCUUGGCCGGCAAGCGUUGCUCAACCAAUACCACAGAACCAACACGGCCAAAUGUGAGUUGCUCAAGCAGAUCACAUCGAGCACACCCAAACCGGAUACUAAUGGUACCUUGAGUCGUAUAUCCGCCUUCACGACAUCGAUAUCGCCAAUCAUUGAGAGUAACGCGUCACCCGCCGAGGCAUCACAGCCAGCUGUAGCACCACAACCGGUGGCCAAUCCGAUUCCAUUAUCCUCAAUCUUACCCAAUGAAUCGAUCGUUCCAGCAACACAGAAUGUCUUAGCACCUUGUUCACAAGCUCCUCCGCCAAGCACUCCACAGAAAGUAGUUAUCAUUGGCACACCGGUAGAACCUGGCCCGGACGCUCCCGAUAUGAUAAUACCGGAAACUCCUAGUCCUGUUAAAGUACCUAACGAGUCUCCCAAAGUUGCGCAUCAUAUACAACCUCGAAAGCUGACUGAUACCUUCAACAAACUGCAUACCGAUAUGGCAAACGCUUCCAACGAUAAUGAAAACAUGACAUCCGAUGAGAGUGGACCAAUAGAAGAGGAACAGCCACCGGUAUCAAGUGUAUCUCAUCAAAACGGCGAGGCAAGCAUCAUGCGAAAGAGUAUUCUCAAGGAUGCUGAUGCAUCUUCCCAAAACAGACGUGUUUCGCUUCGUGUAUCCUUCUCCCAACAAUUGGUUCAGGAACGGGAGAUUUCACCGGCACCUUCCAUACCCGAAGCCCACUACUCCAGUUCAUCCGAUGAUGAUAGUUCGAAUUCGAGUGAUGACGACUACCAAGUCGUAGACGAGGUGUACAGCGAUGACGGAGCGGAAUGCGAUCCCAAGGAGAUCCAGGAAAAUUAUAAAGAACUAGUUGGAGCCACUGAGAAGCAAGUGUUCGACAUCCCCGAGCGGCCACCAUCGCCACUAAUCAAUGUAGUCGACGAAGCUCCUAUGCGGUGGUACGAAACAACGAUCUCUCGGCAACAAGAACAUGAUCGAAACAAUGGCGGCUUGGCCCCUCCUGCAACGUGUGCCAAAGAAAACAAAACCAAUCUACAGCUGGUGGAUAUCAUAACCGAUUGGGAUGAGGAAGAUGACGAGGAAGAGGAGGAACAAGAGGAGAAUCAAAAGGAACAAUCACAGUCUCCGGAAAAAGUACUACCACCUAUUGAGAUACCUGAAACGCAGCUGUUAACCCAACAGACAAACGAGACCAUCUGCGAGACAAUGGACAUAAGCAACGUGGAAGACUCGGCAGAUCGAUUGGUAGAACUUCCUCCUCCUCCUGUAAGUUUCAACGGAACCGCUCAGGACCCACACGGUUCACCAGAGCGGCCACUUACGCCACCGUCACAGUUCACCGAUUCUGCCAAACGACGCUUCCUAAGAGAGAACGAAGACGCGCUCAUAUCCCGGUUGCAGAACGAACUUCCAGCUUCACAACAGGAACCAUCUCCCGAUAUGGAUGAUAAGGUGUCAGAAUCUCUGGCAGAGGCAAUUCAGUCGUUCCGUGAGCAGCCGAAGACAACAGCCGUCGUUGUCGAACAUAGGAAAACAAUAAUUCCAACGAAAAGAGGUCGUCGCCCAAAACCCAGCGAUCCGGCCACCACAACCUAUUUUGAGACUGUCGAAAAAACUUUCGUUAAGCCAAAACCCCCCUCUAAGAAAUCGACUGGGUUCAAACCUCUAACAACUGCACAAAAACGGAAACUGUAUGCCAGCACGAAACAUCCUCAAUCACCGGAGCAUUCAAAAGGGAAAUCAGUAGAACCGAAGACAGUUGCCCUUAAAACAUUCAACAUUGUACUAAGAAGGAUCGAAAUAGGUAAAUAUCUGCAGAUUUUGUCCGACGCCGAUCGGGCGACCAUAGAAGGUAUCGCCGAACGUAAAGCCAAACCAAAACCCAAUUUGAAAAAUUAUAAGGAGAUUUCUGAAAAGGUCAGGACAGCCCCUGCAGGCAAUGAUCAGCAGCAAACAUCCGACGCGUCCAAUCGCUCACUAGAGGGUGUUCCUGGCGCAGCUUCAGAUAGUAACGAACCAAACUUCGCUGGCUUCUCCGAGAAUGAAAACGUCCAUCCGGAACCACCUCCUGCGCUUGAGAAUGUACUCUUGCGCGUUGCGAACGAGCCUACUAAAACCAACGCUGUUCGCCGUAAGGUUGGUAGACCGCAAAAGAGUAAGCAGAGUGCAAAAAAUAUCAUCAAGGUGAAUGAACAACCAGCAACUGGCGAGAGCGGCGAAAACAGUUCGGAAAUAAGACUGACCACCAGCGAGGAAAAUGCACAACAAGUGCGGAUAUCGGAAGCGACGGAACCACAAUCGGAAUCCGAGCACCGAACAGAGGAGGAACGGAUGAUCUCCCGACAAUUACUUACUGCGAGUGAUACAAGUGAUGUUCAAGGCCGUGCGCAGAAACCAAAAAAUCGAGGCCGAAAACGUAAAACCCCUGAGGCUCCAGAGCUGGAUAGCGCUGAAUUAGCAAACUCUGAAGCACCAGUGGAACCUUUGACAUCGACGUCCAAUAAAACCACUGCACCGGAAAGUGUUGGAAAAGCAAACGAGAUUCACACUUCGGAAAUUCCUAACAGAUUGGAAUCGACGUCCAACAGUAGCGGUACAGCGCCCAGUACGUUGACAAGCAUUGAAGCGCAAGGAUCGGAAACGUUGUUGACAAGCGCCAAUGAGGUGCCCUCAAAAGCUAAAAAACUGCCCAAAACUAAACAGAAACCUGUUGCUGAGUUAAGAAACCCCACUGUUGAAGUAUCGCCUGAAAUUAACAAUAUUGCUAUUGACGGAUCCACAUCAUCUCUGACCUCGUCAUCCGGCGACGAUAAUGCUUCUUCUGGAGGCAAAAAUGAUGGAGGAAAUUUACCGUUGAAAAAACGUACUAUAAGACAAGCUUCAAACGAUGAACCACCGGCUCUGGAACCAUUCGGUGGCGAUAGAUCCGUCGAAACCAGCGAUAACGAACCACCAAUCCUCGUACCCCAUGAUCCGGUUCCCAGUACUAGCAAACGAUCAAGAAGAAAGAAAGCAGAUAAACACGCGGAGAAGCAUACAAUGGAAAAACCCGAGAAAAAAGCCUGGUGGCAGUCGAGGUUUUAUCGUGAUCGGAAUGACGAAUUUGACAAAACAUGGAAGCCAAAAAAGUCUCAGAAAGAUAGCUACAAUCAACAUAUUCGUAGUAAGAAUCACCGAAAAGGAGCGAAUAAUACGGAUGAAUCCGAUUCGGAGCCAGUGCGUCGCGGUAGCCGCCAGCGACGCAUAGCAGAGUCAGUUCUACAGAAGAAUCCGCACGUCAAAUCGGUCUACGAUAAACCCAUCUACCGGGAAAUGACAUCGGAAGAGAUGAUGGAGCUGCAGUUGCAAGAGCAAAAACUCAGGAGAAUGAAAGCGGCAGAAAUGGCAGCUAGUAACAGCACAGUGCCGGAUAAGCGUGUAAACCGGAAGCGCGCCCAGCAAGAACCGGCAGAACCAACCACGUCCAAGCGAAACCGACCCGAUAAUGAAGGAGUGGAGGGCUCGCAACAACAGGAGGAAGUGCCAAGUACAGCCCUUGCUACGUGCCCCCUUCCCAAUGCGGCCAAUGUCAGUGCUGAAUCAGCGCCCAUGGACCGGUUGACGCAGGAGAAGAUGGAUACUUAUGGAUGGAUCCAGAAGCUUAUGGACGGAACCUUGAGGGGAGGUGCACGUAUAGGCUGUUCGAGGAAUCUCAUGCAGUACACCUUGGACCAUCUCGUCUUCAAGGAACACAACGGCAUACAGUAUUCAUUUUACUCUGACACCCAUAAUGAUAACUAUGGCUUUUUAAGGUUUGCCCCUUCGGCAGUCAAAAAGCUCACAAAAACUUCGAACUUUCUACUUAAAUUCCUUGUCAUGGCUGGCAACCUUACCUUUCAUCUAAAUGGUACUAAGCUUUCAAUCACGAGUGGUGACUUUUUAAUGCUGCCAGAAAAUUCCAAGUAUGGCAUUGAAAACGGUAAGGAAGUAUCGCUCCUCUUCAUGGUCAAAAUGCUUUGCCAGCCACAGGAUUGUACUGUACCGAGUCAUGAGAAUACCGCUGUUUGAAUGUACUUUAUUAAAAUUUUCAUUUUCAUGGAAUUUUAAUAGUGUAAAUUCCAAAAGCAGACUUCCAUGACCUCAGUGUAGGACAACACUGUAUAGCCAUGUCGUGGUUCGGUGAGGGAGACACUAGAUUUCGUACCUUUUUGUAAGUUAUUUUAUAGCGAAGCGUGUAUUUUAAUGUUAUUUAGAGUCAUUGUAUAAAAAUUAGGAUACAGAAAAUUUUUGUUUUUAUAGUUAGCUCACUGCAGGAGCCGUGCAACAGUGCACUGUGUGCCACAUUGGAGUCCAAGCAGGCAGUUGGAGCUAAAAACGAUUGAAUGUUUCCAAAAUAUACUUUUUUUUUCAAUCCAGUGAACCAUUUUA